AUGGCUACCCUUAAGGCCGUGUGCGCCGUUCCUCCGGGUUUCAAAUUCCCGGGGCCCUGGAUAUGUCUGAGUACAUACCAGGCAACCGGCACCACUUCAUACCUCACGAAUACAAAUUCCGACACCUUCUCGUCUUCAAAUCGGAUUGACCGUCAGAUCCUCGGCAAAAAACCUCGUAAUUCCUCCCGCCAUCCAAACACCGUUGCCGAGGCCGGUCUUUCAAAAAAUGCCUCCGGUCCCCAGUUCUGUUUUUGGCCUGUCAAAGUGGUAUCCACUAUUCGAAAAGAAAAAACAACCGGCAAUAGAUUGGUUCAGACUAGGCUUCCCGUGGGUCUUGGCUUCGUGAGGUCAAAAGGUCCUGGUAAGAUGAGAACACCAGCUGGUAUUCCCCUUAUUGGAUUACUUCCUACUCCCUAUUCGCGUAUAAAGCUUAGAGAUAUGCGUCCGUUGCCUCCUUCAACCAAUCCUAGUCCUGGAACUUAUCACUCUUAUCCGAUGUCCACCCCUCCCACUACCAAUACUGGUGUGGGAAUGAAUGCUACUGAGCCAAUAGAUCCUCGUUUUCAGCCACCCCCUUACAAUCUUAAUCUGCCUCGCUUCCCUCAUCCAGUUUUUUAUCCGCACCCCCCUAUGUUUCACCCCCCUGGUCAAGCUUUCCCCCCCUUUGGUCAAGGAGGGGGUCCACGCGGUCGAGGUUUUGUUGGAGGCAGAGGUAGAGGCCGUGGAGGUGGUCGUGGUCGUGGUUGGCUCCCACCUGCCCAGCUCCGGAUUCGAGGUCAGGCUAACCGGUUCUAUUACCCCAACGGUCCAGCCGCUGGGGUGCCGUUUGGUCACGGUCAUGCGCCGCUCUUCAAUUCUAACCGGGCCCAGGUUGACAUGGACAACUUCUUGAAUCAACACCCGAUUCCGCCUGCGGUUCAACGCCGCCCAACUCCAAUUCCGGUCCCGUCCUUGCCUAGCGUUCCGGCCGCUAACGUUGCUAGAGCUCCUAGCAACCUCAGCUCUAUCCGCUCAGGCAAUAGUUUUUAUACCGCUGAAGACUUCCUCGCUCCUCAAGUUUGGGUCGCCUCUCCAACACCGGCUGGUAUGUACAAUCCCGACGACUAUCAUCUCCUGGCUCGUCACCAGAUUGAAUCCCUGCUAGACCGCUGCGCCGCGCCCAAGCGCUUUGAUCGAUAUGAGUUUACACCUCAACAUUUUGACAAUUUUUACCAGUCAGCUACUUCGGCCCUGUUCCAUCAUUGGACCCGUCAUCCUGCAGCCAAAGCCAACGAACGUCAAGACAGGGUUCGCCUCUUUCAGUUCAUCACUCGCCAAUACCGCACCAUGACUCGCCGAGUCGUGCCGCUUCGUUGGAACCGGCUCUGCUGCCUGAGCAUCAUGGACAGCCAGUCUAUAGGGGUAAAAAAGUACUAA